AUGAAGAGACAAGUAAUGAUCGUUGUUAUGUUAGUUGCCCUUUUCGUUGUUUUCUUGGGAGUCAAUCAAGUUGAAGCCAUGAGGCCGUUCCCAACAGCUGCAGAUGAGAUCCGGUUAGUGUUCCAAGCGCUGCAAAGAGGUCCAGUCAGCGGGUCAGGUCGAAAUGGUUGCACCAACAUUCCCCGUGGUUCACGUAAGUGCCAUGGUUGA